AUGGAAAUUGAGGUUCUUCCUUUGACUGAGGCCGAUAUCCCCGGCGCUGUCGCAGUGAUUCAGCAAGCUUUUGCCGACGAUCCAUAUUUUAAAUGGGUAUUUGAUUCAUCUACUAUGGGGUAUAAAAAACGCAAUAUUCCAAGUCGCAAAAGAGAAGCCCUCUACCUCUUCCUCUCCAUCAACUUCCCCCCUCCAAUCAUUGGCGUCUCCUGCUGGCUUCCCCCCAAAACACCCACAGAUCCAGAGACCUGGUCUUCCUGGUUCUCAAACUGGAUAUUAUCAUUCAACCAACUUCUUAAUAACAUCCGCUACUUUGGACGCGGAGGCCUCCGCACAAAUAGGUAUUGGAUCUGGAAGACGCAGCAGGAGAAAGCGCAAGAGGAGAUCUGGGAUGAUCCGCGAGGCUACUACUUUUGUAAUAUUGUUGCUGUUGGAAAUGAUGUACAGGGGAAAGGGGUGGGGAGGGUUCUAUUUGAGGCUGUUACAAAGAUUGCGGAUUUGGAAGGGGUGAAGUGUUAUCUUGAGAGUUCGAAGGAUGAACCUAAUGUGAGGAUUUAUGAGAGGAUGGGGUUUCAGAUGACUAGGACUAUGGAGUGUCGGGAUGGAGAGGAUACUUGCAUGUUGUACUGCAUGACGCGCAAUCCGAAAACCUAG